AUGAGUGAAAAUAAUUUAAAAAUUCCGGCAAAUAAAGACGACAUAACAGUGCAGUGGGUGAAAGAUGUAACUGGGCAUUCCGUACUACGUAAAGACUUCACUGUGCAAGGAGAUGUUCAGGAAGGGUCCGGUUUCCUCAGUUCAAUUUGCAGAGUAUCAUACUCCACCAACGACGGAAAGCGGCAUAGUAUAAUAAUCAAAUUACUACCAACAAAUGAACAAUGGCUGGAAUUUGCCCUGGCCGAUGCUUCCGACGAACGUGAAAUAAAAUUUUACUCCGAAAUUCUUCCCGACCUAAUUGAGGUAGUUCCAGAGUUUGCUGAAAACAUUUGUGUAUUUUAUAAUGGAGUGGUACAACAAGCCGACCCUGAUAAGAGAAAGGCCAAAGCUUCGAUGAUAAUUAUGGAUGAUUUAGCAUCACACGGCUAUCAAAUGAUGAACUUCUCUGGAUCCGAUUCCGACAAAGUUAUCGAAGACUUGAUAACCUUUAUGGCUAGACUUCAUUAUGGAGCGUUUGCUGUGGAGAAGAAAAAAGGAAUUCCACUUCCGGGUUUGUAUCCAUUCAUGCAAGGAAUUACCGAUGAUAAGGAAUGGAUGAAUCAAAUGGAGACGUUAGGGGAUGACGGUUACAAGGCUUUAGAGGAAAUACUCCUCACCUACAAAAUCGUAAACGUUUGGGAACACUUCGAAAAGGUGAAACCUUUUACGAAUGCAAUAGUUAAGUUAAUUACCGAAAACGGACGGAAACAUCCCUGCCUAGUUCAUGCGGACAUUUGGCCAAAUAAUAUUCAAGUUCAUCCGAGCCUUCCGACAAUUAUUUUGGAUUGGCAAUUGUUGGGAUACAGAGAUGUGUGCUAUGACCUGAGUACUAUGCUUUAUACUGUGCUGACCGCAGAAGCAUUAACGAAAGAUAACUUAGCGAAAUGGUUGAAGAAGUAUUAUGACGAAUUCAAUAAGUUCUGUGAGGAAGGAGGAUUGAACGAUAAAAUUUGGAGGGAAUGGGAGGAGUUUAAAGAAUUCUUUUUUACUUGGGGAAGUGCGUACGCCUAUUUAGUAUUUUUGGUGUCAAUUUACUGUUAUCAGAAGGACCUGGGUAAAUAUGCGAAUGUAUUUAGGGUACUGUGUGAAGAGGUUGAAUUACCACAUUUUUUGCUCAAAAUUUGUUCUGCAAAUGAUUGA